AUGAUCGAGCUCGGACUUAGCCGCAUAUCCAGUCUACUCCAGCAGACUCCCCUGUCAUGGAAGGCCAUCCACAUAGCUGGAACCAAUGGCAAAGGGUCCAUUAGUGCCUAUUUGUCGCAUAUGUUGACCGCGGGGGGUGUUCGUUGUGGUCGCUUCACCUCUCCCCACUUAAUUGAUCGAUGGGAUUGCAUCACUAUCGGCGAAAGGGUCGUACAGGAGUCUCUUUUCCGGCAGAUAGAGGAGAAAGUCAGAUUGAGAGACCAGACACUGGGAAUCGGAGCAAGCGAAUUCGAACUACUCACCGCCACGGCUUUUGAGAUCUUCAACCAUGAACACGUGGAGGUUGGGGUAGUCGAGGUUGGAAUGGGUGGUCGCUUGGAUGCGACGAAUGUCUUGAGCGAUGUGUUGGUGUCGGUAAUUGCGAAGAUUGGGCUGGAUCACCAAGCAUUUCUUGGAGAUAGCCUGGAACAAAUCAGCCGCGAGAAAGCUGGGAUCUUGAAACCGGGAGUCCCCUGCGUCGCUGACGGCACCAAUGCGCCGGAAGUGCUCAAAACCCUCGAGGAUCGGAUUGAAGAACUCAAAAUCAAUGCGAUCUACGCGGAUCCUGACGCAAUAAGUGCCCAGUCACCAUCUUUGGGCCUAGUUUUCAAAGAACUCGAUCUACAGCGUCACCAAAGAGCUAACAUGUCCUGUGCCGUAUCGGCUCUCCGGCUUGCUCUAUCUAAGAUCCGUCCGGGGCUUGAGGUCGACACUCUUAUUCCGUCUCUAUCACAUGUAGAGUGGCCAGGACGCUUACAAAAGAUUGUCCUCAGGUCAUUGACAACCCGCAAGGAGCCUGUCCUGCUUGAUGGUGCGCACAAUAGUCAAUCUGCUGAGGUACUUGGAGAGUAUGUAGACCACAAACUGCGACCUCAGGGCAGCAUCACUUGGGUAAUCGCAGCAUCGCGCGGCAAAGAUGCAACCGCACUCUUCCAUUCGAUCAUCAAGCCUGGCGAUCGAGUCGCUAUCACGGCAUUCGGCCCUGUGGACGGCAUGCCUUGGGUGAAGGCAGCGGAUUCAGAAGAACUGGCUGCAUGCGUUCAGUCGAUACCAGAAAUUGGGGACGUCAAGAUCUUUGGCGGCGACAUUCUCGCUGCCAUCAGCUGGGCCUGUAUCGAGGCUGGCGGCGGUCCCCUGGUCAUUGCUGGAAGUCUCUAUCUUGUAUCGGAUGUCCAUCGCCUUUUACGCGAGGCGCGCAGGAGUGCAGAGAGCACACAGGGGGCUGUCUGA